GGAAAUUGUUGUGUUGACAUAAUACGUCGAGCUUCGCAGACUGCAUCUAGUACUGGCAUUUCACUGGUGUUGUGGUUCUGUAAAUUGUCGUAAAUUUCUCGACUACUUUGAUAUUCCGAUACUGGUAUUGCACGAUUUGUUUGUUUCUACGUUCCAUAGUAAAUACUAAAACAGUACACUACAUUCGGAACAAAUACAAUUAACAUUACUUUUACCACGAAAAUGUCUGACUUUGUGAAUCAAGAGAUCGCGUGCUUGCUGAAUGCGCUGCAUCAGCCAGACAUCCCUGAGCCGAGAAUCACCGACGACCCUGACUGGCAAGAAUUCAUCGAAAGUUCCACAUUACGCAAAACAAGGGACCGAAGCGAUCAGAAUGUUGAUGUAUGGCCAAAAAUGUACAUUCGGGCUCGGGUGCCAAGUACCGAAGAUAACAAUAAUAAAGUGAUGGUCAUGGGCAAAAAUGUCAACGAUGCUGCAACUGAGUACGAAAUAGAAAAUAUUCAACAACAUGAGAUGCCCGUCAUUGGUACUUUUGUGGACGCCAGAAUCUUCCCCGGUUUUCGCUACACCGUUCGCAUACUUGGUACGAAGAAUCGUCAAUUUGGUGGAAAGGCUCUGAAAUUAUUAAGCAUUGGUAAAGGUUAUGGUAAACGCUUCACAUUUAAAGGCCCGUUUCUCAAUCAUAACGAAAAUUAUUUCUGGUCCGACUCGCACCCCGACGGAUAUGCCUUCAGUAUUAAUGCGGUCGCCGAGGAAGAAGAGUUUGGUAUUUAUGACACUGCCGGCAUCCGACACAUCGGACACGCUAUCGUCGUCCAUGUGAGUGAAUCACAGAAGGAGAUCUCCCAAACAGUAAAACCGGACAAAAGUAUCGAAAAACAAUUAAGACUGUCAAUGCGCUGUAGCGUGAAGCUAAUGACUCAGCCACGAGGUCUGGUCUCGGAAAAAGAUAUUAAUUUCGACAAUGUCGUCGUGACAUGUAAUAACAGAUCGGAAAAUGUCGAGAUACAGGUUGAACUACCAUUCGUUGGAAAAUGCACCUUGCGCUCAGACACGAAGUGAAAACGUGAUGUUAUCGGCUCUUCCGUUUGCUGCCACUUUCCCCGCAGAGACUUAACCGGGAAAGAACAAUGCAUAGCCUGGUAAUAUGUACAUGCGUGAAUGAAGCGUUAAGGUUCCACCCAGCCGGCCAUCGUAACGUUGCAGAAUACUGAGUGAUGUAGUACUUCUAGAACGCUAAAGCUGGACAAAGGUGAUAUAGGAGUAUAGAAUGGAUACAUGGAAUGAAAACAAACUGUAGUUCCAGGCCGUAACGCACAAAUGCAGCAGCGCUCACCAAUAUUUACAUAUUUUUCAAUUGCUCUUUAACAGUGAACUUGAUUUAACGGUUAAUAAUAAUACAGUAUAUAUAUAUAUAUAUAUUGUGUACAUACAAUUAUAAGUUUUAGUGCAUUCGUAUUUGACACGUACAUUAUAGUGGAACGCUGAAAAAAUGUUUCCUGUAAACUUGUUAUUUGCGAAUUUAAUUAAAGAUAACAAUCAUUGCACAUUCAACACAAUUUAUUUUUUACCAGCAAGUUGGGAAUAUUUAUUGACUUUGUUAACAUUUUGUGAAACUCUUCAAUAUUGACUAGUCCAUUUGAUAGUAGGGCCGCUGUGAUUGGCAAUGAUUUGUUGCUGUUCAACCAUAAUUGACAGUAAACUAUACAUCAUAUUAGAACAAUUUAACAAAGGUAACUUAUAUCUAAUCUACUCUGUGUGUUCAGUUUACAAUAAUUUGUAUUUGACAUGACUGAGUUGGUUACUUUGUAAAUAAAGCGCUUGGAUUGUGA